CUACAUGCUCCGACUGAACGUAAACAUUGUCAUCGUGGCCAUGGUUAAUUACACCGCUAUUCCGCACACAAAUGUAACGACGGCUGAAGAGUGUGGCUAUGCCGCGUCAGAAAAUGACACUCAAACAUCCUCACAUGAAGGCGAAUUUCUUUGGGACGAAAGGUUGCAAUCUUUGGUUACCGGCUCUUUCUUUUGGGGUUAUAUCGUUACCCAGUUGACGGGUGGGAGGCUGGCAGAAAGAAUCGGGACAAAGUACAUGUUUGCCUCUUUGCAGAUCACAGUAGGGAUCGUGACUGUUUGUCUACCAGCUCUGGCAAGCGUGGGAGUCGAAUUCUUCAUUAUGGGCAGAAUUAUGCUCGGCCUGGCACAGGGAGCUUUGGUUCCAUCGAUGCAACCUCUGGUAGCCAGGUGGGCUCCAGCAGCAGCACGCAAUAGCUUUGCCACUUUUGUUUUCUCUGGCUGUCAAAUGGGAACAAUCCUUGGAACAGUUUGCAGUGGAAUGAUGGCCAGCAGUUUAGGCUGGCAAGCUGUUUUUUACAUUGAAGGAUCAUUGUCCUUGGUUGUCGUCAGUGUUUGGCUUUUCUUUGUUUAUGAUUCUCCUGCAGUCCACCCCAGGAUUUCUAUGCAAGAAAGGGAGUACCUUGAAUCAUCAACAGUUUCUUCAGCAAAAGCCAGAAAAUCAAGAGUUCCAUGGAAGUCGAUUUUGACGUCACCACCUUGUUGGGCUCUGCUCAGCGCCACAUUAGGGUACAACUGGGCAUUUUAUAUGUUGCUGACUGAGCUUCCCCUUUACAUGAGAAACAUAAUGCACUUCGACUUGCAAAGCAACUCGUUGCUGUCUGCUUUGCCUUGGCUACUCAUGUGGAUCUUCAGCUUGGUGGUAGCUAAAAUAUCUGACGUGGUUGUGAGGCGAGACUGGAUUCCCGUCAACACAACUCGUAAACUGUUCAAUACGAUAGCAUUUUGCGGGCCGGCUCUAUGUUUGACGAUCGUUUCUUUCAUCGGAUGUGAUCGUUAUUGGACGCUGGUGAUGCUGACUUUGGCUAUUGGGCUAUUAGGCGCAUCUUACAGUGGCAUUUUGAUCAAUCACCUGGAUCUAGCGCCCAAUUUUGCCGGUACUUUAUACGGCCUUGUAGCUGGUGUGGCAUGCAUUAGCAGUUGGUUAGCGCCCUUAGUCGUCGCCACAUUAACCGAAGCUGAGCAAACUCUGGCUCGUUGGCGGAUUGCUUUUCUACUUUGCGCGGCCAUCUUAACGGCCAAUGCCGUCGUUUUUAUCCUGUUCGGCUCAACCGAGCGGCAAGAGUGGGACAGGGCGGCGGAAGAAAAGGUUUUGAAUGGUAACAUUGAUGACAUUCCAGCCAGUAAACAUCAGCUUUUAAAAUCUGUAACACAAGCCUCUUAAGAAAAAAAAAAAAAAAAAAG